AUGCCGAAGGACCCAGAGCCAAGGGGCCGAGAGUUGCGACAGUUGUUCGGGCAACUCUGCGACCAAGCGGCCGACGUCGCGGCGUCAUUCCGGGCAUGCAGGUGCAGCAAAGACGUUGGGUCGACAGGAACGGACGGCCGGGGAGGGGUGAAUGCGCUGAGACGGGAACUGGUAGUAAUCCGGCAGAGAGUGGGAGCAGGCUCGGCCGGUGAUGACCUGAGCGACGAGGACUUGAAGAGGACACUGGCCAGGCUCGAGUCGCAGGUAUCUGCCCUGAAGCAACGCACAACAGCACCGAGCGAUGAGCCUGCUGAGAGUACCAGGACUGUCGGAACACAGACGGAACCGGCCAUCCCCGAGUCGCGGGAACCUGCACUCGAUGGGGCCACCACAACACCAACUGAUGGGCGCGCUGAGAGUGCCGCGAAGAUUGGAACCCCGACAUCACCGGGCGAGGAACGUACCGAGAGCCCCACAGGUGAUGAUGUUCCCGUAGAACCAGCCCACGGCCCGCUGACCCUGAUGCGCCUCCCGCCAGAAGUCCGCGCCCGGAUCUGGUGGGAGGCGCUUCGCCCGGAGGCCGGGUUUGUACCCAUUGUGCCCUGGGCCGCCCUCCAGAAUGGCUAUGUUGACAACAACGGCCGCAUCCGCGCCCGCAUCCGCACCCGCAGCAGCGGGCGGUUCCACCGCGCGCGCACGGCACUGAUCGAUCGAAAAUCGGCCCCUUAUGCCAACGAACGUGCUCCUGAGGCCAGGGGAUUUGCCCAUUCCUGGAUGCGCGCGGGUGAGCACUGGGGCGCGCCGUGGACCGGCGGCUGGGCCCUCCUCCACGUCAACAAGCGGGUCUACGAGGAGGCCGAGGCGGCGUACUGGCGGCGGGUUGCCGCCGACGGCCUGAUGCUCUCGUUUGGCUGUGGCAUACACAUGGCGGAUUACUGGGGCUUGGCUGUCGCGCGGACCUUCUUCAACGACUUCACCACGCUGUACCUGCAGAACAUACAGCGGGUGCACCUCGACCUGCGCAGGCCCGACCGCGACGACGGCCCGAAUGGCACCAGACUUACGAGCCUGCGGCAUCUAUCACUGACUUUGGGCGGCUGGGUGCCCGAUGUGCGCCAGACACCAUGGAUAGAGGACACCGACUAUCCCGACGCACGCCUCCAGAGCUCACAGCAUUGGGUCACCCGCUUGCAAAACAUCACCGGAUUGACUCGGUUAAGGCUGCGAGUAAUGUACGCGCCCAGAGACCCGGACACAAUCAACGCGAGACUAGAUCGAGACCCGGGUGUUCAACGCACCAUUCACUUCAUGAGCAUGCUGCGGGGCUCGAUGCUGGUCAACGGAGACGCACUCGGUGUUGGGAAUAUGAGGGCCUGGGCCAACAAGCGCCAGCUGGAGUUCGCGACGGCUGAUCGAUUCAGAAUAGUGGUGCAGUGCGAUGACAGCUGGGACGAGGAGAGUAAGGAGCAUCGUCAUUACGUGGAGGACGAUGAAUAUGAUCGCCUCGAUGGACCCAAUAACUUUGGUGACAAGUUCCGGUGGGAUCCUGAUGCUGAUAGUUAG